AAGAUGCCAGAACCAGCAAAACCCGCUGCUCCUAAGAAGGGUUCAAAGAAGGGUGAGAAGAAGCCAGCUAAGAAAGAUGGAAAGAAGAAGCGCAGGAGUCGUAAAGAGAGCUAUUCCAUUUAUGUGUACAAGGUUUUGAAGCAGGUGCAUCCUGAUACAGGAAUAUCUUCUAAAGCCAUGAAUAUCACAAACUCUUUUGUGAAUGAUAUUUUUGAGCGGAUUGCAGAAGAAGCUUCUCGUCUAGCUCACUACAACAAGCGUUUGACAAUAAGUUCGCGGGAGAGUCAGACAGCGGUGUGGCUUUUGCUGCCUGGUGAGCUGGCUAAACAUGCUGUGUCCGAGGGCACCAAAGCUGUCACCAAGUAUACAAGUACCAAGUAA